CCCGGGGAAAGGGCCGCAGCCCCCUCCUCUCUUUCCCAACUCUGCCUUUUCCUCUCCAGAAAGAACAGCCCGGCGCCUCUGGCUGCCGUGUUCCCCACUCCUCCUUCCUGCUUUUCUCCCCUUCCCUUUUUCCUGCUCUACCCUCCCCACUCCUCCUUCCUGCUUUUCUUUCCAUCCCUCUUUCCUGCUCGACCCUCCCCACUCCUCCUUCCUGAAUUUCUUUCCAUCCCUCUUUCCUGCUUGACCCUCCCCAUUUCUUCUUCCUGAAUUUCUUUCCAUCCCUCUUUCCUGGUCGACCCUCCCCACUCCUCCUUCCUGCUUUUCUUUCCAUCCCUCUUUCCUGCUCGACCCUCCCCACUCCUCCUUCCUGCUUUUUUCCCCAUCCCUCUUUCCUGCUCGAUUUCACACACACCCCUUCCCCCGCUCUCCAACACCCCCGCCCUCCCCCCCCCUCCGCAAUUCAGGAUGUCGCCCACCCAAGCCCUGCAACUCUGGUGCAAACAACAGUGCGAAGGCUACAAGGACGUCUCCGUCACCAACAUGACCACUUCGUUCCGGGACGGGCUGGCCUUUUGCGCCAUUCUGCACCGCCACAGGCCGGACCUCAUAGACUUCACUUCCCUGAACAAGGAAAACGUCCUUGAGAACAAUGCACUGGCUUUCCAAGUUGCGGAGAAGGAGCUGGGCAUCCCAGCUUUGUUGGACGCUGAAGAUAUGGUGGCCCUCAGAGUGCCUGACCGGCUGAGCAUCCUCACUUACGUCUCCCAAUAUUACAAUUACUUCCACGGCAAGUCACCCAUUGGAGGGAUGGCUGGAAUCAAACGCCCGGCUUCCCAACCCAGUGAGCAGCCGACCGAGAAAAAAGUGGUUCCUGAGCCGAAGGCCCCGAGUUCAACGCAACCAGCCAGGCGACCUCAUCAUCUUGAACCCAAAGCAGAGCCAGCUGUGGUGGGGCGUCGGCUGGGGAUGGAUACCUGUCCGACAGCCGAAAGACGGGUCUUAGCCGAGAAGAACAAUGCCCAACCGAGCAACUGUGCCAUCUGCGGAACUCAUGUCCACUUGGUGCAACGCCUCCUGAUGGAUGGGAAGCUGUAUCACAGGAAUUGCUUUAGGUGCCAAAAAUGCUCCAGCACUUUACAGAGUGGAAACUACAAAGCCGGACUUAACCCGGGAACCUUCCUUUGCAACCACCACGCGGCAGCUGACCUCCCUCAGGGUCUUCCUGCCCAGGAGAGCCGGACGGAGAAGAAGACCAUCACUUCCAAAACCCCUGCAGGGAAUUGUGGGAAGGGGCUGGAACCAACGCAGGCAGCCUCGCCGGUGCCCAAACCACGUAGGACCUUCCAAAACAAUGUGACUCCCCAACCGCCAGCCACUCAGGAACCGUCCAGUUCCCGGAGUCCUAAAACCAGCAGGGUCUCCACGAGUCCGAAUUUCCCUCGGUUGCACCCUCCUGCCCCAACGCCGGACCCACCCGGGGCUUCCUCUUCGACGGAGGUGCGCUCCAGAAUCCAGCAGGCUCGGGAGAAGUUUUUCCAGGCUGAUCCAGGCUCUUCCGGCUUCCCGGCGAGAAAACUGGAACCGGCGAGAAAUCCCAGCUCUCUUAUCCAGCCUGCCCAAGUCCCUGAGAAAACCCCCUUCUCUCGAACUCAGGUCCCCAUCAGCAGCAGCGACAGCAAGAAAGACGAAGCCCGGAGCAUCCUUCAGCGCGUCUUACCAGGACCGCAGCCCUCGACCAGCCAGCCGGGAGGGGUUGGCGCUGCGAUGCCCCGAUCUUUGGCAUACAACAGCAGCCCAUCUUCUCCUGCCCUCUCCGGUUCACGGGGUCUUCAACUCCAGAAUCCCCCAACCAGCAAACCCUUUAACAAGCCAGCUUUUGCAGACACACCAAAAGGGGCAGAAACAUCACAUCUGGUUGUGAGUCUCCCCAAGGAUCCUAGCCACAAACGGGGGGUCGGAGCUGAACCCCAGAACCAUAUCAAGGAUGGAUCCAUCAGCACAUCGGCCGACGCUGGACGUAAAUCGGACACCAAGGUGGUUAAAGCGAAAGGUGUCCGGGGGCCAGAAGAGAAGUUGGAGAGCCCGGAAGACUGGAGAUCGAGGCUGAAACCAGUCAAACCCCCCCGCCAGGACGAAGCCAAGCUUUCCCCAAAACCUUCGGAUGUUCACAAGGUGGAAAUCAACGUACAGGUGAAACCGGGACAAAACGACCACAAGCCGUCUCUUUCUGUCAUCUCCCCAGCAAUUCCCAAUUCUGCGCCGCUGGCUGUUCAACCCCAGAAGAAGAAGCUGUUGGUGGCACAUCUGGAUAUCUCCAGCGGUUGGUCGAAAGGGAAGGUGUCAUGGGAAUCUCAGCCAGCCACUGCCAAAGCAGAGAAAUGGAGCUCGUCAAAAACAGUGGUUGCGCCCGCCCAGCCGUCCUCUCCUGGAACCUUCUGGAAGCCUCCGAGCGAUCAAGUGAUGUCUCCCACCAAGCUCCACCCGGAUUACGUCCCCGAGGAAGAGAUCCAGAAGGAAAUCCGGCAGAUUGGAAGAGAUCUGGACAAGCUGGAGCAGAAGGGGAUUUCCUUGGAGAAACAGCUGCGGGCUUGCGAGGGAGAUGAUUCCGAAGAUGCCCUGAUGGUGGAGUGGUUCAAACUGAUCCACGAGAAGCAGAUCUUGAUGAGACGGGAAUCCGAGCUGAUGUACAAGAUAAACCAGCAGAAACUGGAAGUAAAACAGUGGGAUAUUGAGACUGAACUACGGACUCUCAUUGGCAAAGCCGAUUACUUGAAGACCUCGAAGGAGAAAGCUCGAGAGAAGGAACUCCUUGACUCGUACUUGGACACGGUCAACAAUCGGAACAAAAUUGUAGAAAACCUGGAUGAGGACAGACUCAGGGAACUGGAAGAAGAUGAGAUUUUCGUUGACAUGAUCAAAAAGUUUGGUGUGUCUCGAAGCCCCCAGGAAAACGAAAAAAAGAAAAACAAGUUUGGCUUUUUCCGAAUAUCAAAACCCAAGAACUGAAUCCACGGGGGGGGGAAUGCAAACAAAAGAGCUUCAUCACCUAUGGAUCUAUUUGCUGUUCAGAUAACUUUGUUCCUAAGGAGGGAUAAGUUUUUGGGCUGCCCCACAGAGGGGAGAAAAAUAGAAGCAGAAGGAGAUCUCCCAGAAAAUGCUUGGAUAGUGAGGAGCAAAGCCUUGGGGGGAAAAUAUGAAUGCAACAAUCCCUUUGCCUUUUGAAACAUUGGCCAAAAAUUCAAGUGAAGUUUGAGCGUCUUCAAACGAAGCUUUUCAGCAGCUGAGAAUCAAAGAUUUUCCAGGAAUACCUUUUUCUCUAUCUGCAGGAGAAUUUGGGGCACAUGGCUGCACCCCCCUCCCAUUUUUUUUCCUGGCAGGACUGUACCAUUUCAUUUUUCCAAGAAGAGAAAAACUUCGCUUCCUACUUUGGAUCAAGCAGCAAUAAAUAAGAUUUCUUUCAGUUCCUCUCCCUGCAAGGAUUUCGGUGCGAUCCCAGGGAGAAAUCGCUUUCUGGACACCAGGUGGCGCUGUAGCUCUCAGCAGGCCUGUUUGCAAGCAACUUCAGGAAAUAAAAAAAAUUCUCAGGAAUUUUCAUUCAAAAAUCAUCACAACUUUCACCCCAUGUGCUUCUAUUUUCAUGAUUCUGAAGAACCAGAUUCACUCCAGAACUGGCCUGUGGGAUGAUCCAAAUGGGCUUUUUUUACUUUUGUACAUUGUAAUAAAACUAAAAUGUUUUAUGAUUGA